AUUUCACAUUCCCUUCUCUCUCUAAAAGACUCUUCCUUUCUCUCACUAAAAAACUUCUCUCUCUCUCUGGUUUUUUUUUUUACUUUAGCUUUAUUGGUCUGUUGUCAUUUUUCUUUUCCCAGAAAGGCAAGCUCUCUCUUUCUCUCUCGAAUUCAUGUCGAGGAGCUUUGUGUGGAUCUAUGAUGAUAUGGCUGUGAUACUGUGCUGGUAAAUUGCUCUUGAUAUUGUGUCGAUGAGCUCCGGCUCAAAUGGGCACUUCCUCCCGUUCAAAGUUGAUGGGUGGAGGCAGGACAAGGGUCAACCACUACCAAAAUUUGGUGAAUGGGAUGUCAAUGAUCCUGCUUCAGCUGAAGGAUUUACUGUGAUUUUUAAUAAGGCUAGGGAUGAAAAGAAAACGGGCGGCAAACCAGAGUCACCUGGAAAGGGUGAUUCUCAAAUCAAGCCUGGAGUUGAUACUGCCAAGCCUCAGGCUAAAAAAUGGUUUUGCUGCUUUCAAGAACCACCUACACAAUCCUGAGAAGGUCAGUGCUUCAACUUAAGAGGCAUGUUUUUCUGUAACUAGCUCCACCAUAUUGCCCCAAAAAAGAUGGGAGUUGAAGAGCCGUGAUGCGCUCUACUGGAAUUUAGUGUGUGCUGUUGUAGAACUUGUGAGGGAAUAGGUAAAGAAGACAAACACUUAUUGUAUCUAUAUGUACUGAUGUUGUGGUUUAUUUAUUAGAAUGUGAGCUAUUUCUCCCCAUCUGGGCGUUGUAUUACUCUAGAUCUGUAGAGCUUUGCUUGUGACAUCUUUUUUCUCUUCUUAUUUGUAUUGUAUUACCUAUCAAAUUGGCGUCGUUUAUGAUAUUAUUCUUUUUCAAA